AUGACCUGGGCAGACAAGCUAGAGGAAGUAAGGUUUGCAUGGUUGGACCCCCUCACUCCGACUGAGCUCUUGGUACCUGGAGAUCUCCUCUCAGUGGAGGGUUUGGACACCAGCGGCAUAUGGAACCCCCCUCGGCCUCUGCCCACAGAGGGGCCCUGCUCUGGUGUGGGCUCCUGCUUACAGAGCCCGUCCAGCACUGCCCAGGUCACUGUGGAGGUGGUUCCGCCCAAUGUUGCUGAAGGAAAGGAAGUUGUUCUACUUGCCCUCAAACUACCAGAAAAGUUUUCACGUGUAGACUGGUUCAGAGGGUAUCUCCUACCUGCCAACAACAUUGUAUUAUUGAGACCAAACCCAGGAAAUAUAACUAAGGGGCCUGCACACAGUGGCAAAGAGACACUUUACUCCAAUGGGUCCCUGCUGAUCCAGAAUCUAACCAUAGGAGACACAGGGACCUACUACAUACAAGUCUAUACAGUGAACAGUGACAUUAUAUAUGAAGAGGGACAGCUCCACGUCUCUGAGCUGUCACCCAAACCCAACAUCAUAGCCAACAACUCUAGACCCGUAGAGCAGGAGGACUCUGUGGAGUUGACAUAUAAACCUGAGAGUCCAAACACAACUUACAAGUGGUUCAUCAACACUCAGCUUGUCAAGCCCAGCACCAACCUAAAAGAUACAGGACCCUAUGAGUGUGAGACCUCAAACCCAGUGAGUGUCCACCACAGUCAUCCAUUCAACCUGACUAUUCUCUAUGGCCCGGACACCCCUACCAUCUCCCCUUCAAAACUCAACUACAGUCUAGGGGAAACUCUUAGCCUCUCCUGCCACACAGACUCUAACCCUCCUGCACAGUUUUCGUGGUUUCUGGGCAAGAAGAACCUGACAUCCACACAGAUUCUCUCCAUCUCCAACCUCUCUCUUCACGACAGUGGGUCCUAUUCCUGCCUCGUCAGUAACCAGGCCACGCAACUCAAUAAGACAGCGGUGAUCAAUAUCAGAGUCUCAGAGUCAGUGGCCCCUCCCUCUAUUCUAGCAUCCAAUACCACAGUGACAGAGGGUGCCGACCCUGUGGUCCUGACCUGCCUCACGAAUGACACUGGGGUCUCCACUCAGUGGUACCUCAAUAAUAAGGAUCUGCAGCCUGCAGAGAGGAGGAAGCUAUCUGCAGACAACAGGACCCUCACCCUCUAG